GGGAGCAGAGGAGUCAGACAGCGGCAAUAGUGUGUGUGUGUUUGUGUGUGUGUGUGUGUGUGUGACAGAGUUGCCGCAGAUUCCGAAGUACCGAGGGGGGGACCGACUGCAACUCCCCCCGGCGAGGAGGCGCAGUGCUCUGCCGGACGGUAAAGCGGAUCGGGAGACGCUUGCCUCUGCUUUUGGGAGAGAGCCGCGCGUUUGGCGGAAAGAUUUCGGACGCUGGCUUGACGGGGAACAACUGGAAGUAACUACCUAAAAUUGGACUUUUGAGCGAUGCGCUGUCAGCAUGGCCAAGUGGUUCAAGGAGCACCUGGGAUUCAAAACUACCAAAGCACCCCCUCCGGCGCCUCCAAAGCCGGACUACAGACACUGUCACACCGGUGUGCCCGGCACGCCCGGCUACCAACAGCCGACCUCCGGGGCCACCUAUCCGAGCCCCGCACAGCCGGACAUACUUGCUGCUUACAAACUCCAGAAGGAGCUGGACUUCGAAGACCCGUACACACCAGGUGGAAACAUUUCCUUCGGGCCGAGCCUGAACACGCUCGGGUCCCCGGACAUAAAGUACGUGUCGCCGAAGCACCGGCUCAUCAAGGUGGAAACCAUCGAGAAGAGCAGCCCGGCGCCGGGCGGCAGCGUUACAACGGUGACCCAAGCUGUUGCUGUCGGAAGUGUCAUUAAAUCCCCAACUUCGCCCCCGUCGGACCACGAGAACAAAGAAAAGCUCAUUAUACUGGACGACUACGCUGACCCGUUCGAUGCCGAGCAGGCCGGUGGGACUCAGACCGGCACGGAAAAGGUGACGACUGAAAAUGACGGCUACAUGGAGCCUUAUGAGGCCCAGAAGAUGAUGGCAGAGAUCCGAACAAGUGGGCGAGCGUCUAAGGAGGGGUCGGUGAGGCAGCUGCCCCUGUAUGACACGCCAUACGAACCAGCUGAGAACGGAGGCGACCCGGACGCCGAGCGUUCCUGCUGCCCCCGAGAAAGCCGACUGCCCCAGGAUGAUGAGCGGCCCCCGGAGGAGUACGACCAGCCCUGGGAGUGGAAGAAGGAGAGGAUCUCCAAGGCCUUCGCAGCUCUGCUUUGUUAUGACUGCAUUAGCUACGAGGGCUCUGUAAGUGGCACUGGAUCUGUUCCCAACAGAAGGAAGGACUGCACUUCUAAACCCCUCACAGUCCAGUUUGACGGCGUAGAGAAGUCUCGAAUGUCACCUACCAAAGAAGGGAAAGGUCGUCCACCUCAGCGUCAUUCCAGUGGUUGUCUGGUGAACACCAAGAUGACCUCCUUGGACCACUGUAGCUCCUCCUUCGGGGAGCGCAUUGACCCCACCAUGCCCCUGGAGAGCCAGUUCUGGUACCACGGAGCCAUUAGCAGAACAGAUGCAGAGUCCCUACUCAGGCUGUGUAAAGAGGCCAGCUACCUGGUGAGGAACAGUGAGACCAGCAAGAACGAUUUCUCUCUCUCCCUCAAGAGUAGCCAGGGUUUCAUGCACAUGAAGCUGUCAAGGACAAAGGAGAGCAAGUACGUUCUGGGCCAAAACAGUUGUCCCUUUGACAGCGUGCCUGAGAUCAUCCAUUUCUACUCCAGCCGCAAGCUGCCCAUCAAGGGUGCCGAACACAUGUCCUUGCUGUACCCUGUGGCCAUCAGGACACUAUAGUGCCAUGGGCCACCCUCAGGUUUCAAACCUGCGUGGCCCCUACUACACUCACAGGGCCCCUGGGGCUCUACUUGGGUCAAUAAAAAUGGGGCAGGCUGGACAGGGCUGGACAAAAGCUCUGUGGGAUAAUGGGAAGAUGAACAGUAGCAUCGCAACCUGCUGAAUCUCAAUCACCUCAAUGGCCCCUAGAUCCCAGACCUGCUUCGGUGUCUGCUACACACUAUCUCAUAAUUAUAAAUUCACUGUCACAGAACUUUAUUUUAAUAUUUUUUUUAAUUUAUAACAGGCAGACAUCCACUUUACAACAUCACGGACUGACAUGUCUGAACAUCAUUUCACUGACUCCUCGACUGGUUUCCCCUAGCGCUAUAUACACUAUGCACAGAAAGAAGUACAAUAUUUUACCCUUUUUGUCACUGGUAUGUACCUUUUUUUCAUAAGAUGUUGUACUUUUCUGGGCGUGUAUAGGAUCAUUGUAGUGCUUGUUUAGUCUCUUCGUUCAGUUAGGCUCUGCUGAUGCUGUAAACACAAUUGUUGAUCAAGAGAGCCUGUGUGGGAAGGUACAUUUAUGAGGCGAGUUUAGGUAUAUCGUCCACAUGGGCCCCAUACGGUGGCCAGGAUAUUGAAUAGAGCUGCAGCGCGUAAACAGCGUGUCCCCCAGCAGCGUAGGAACAACCGGCCCGAGAGCCGGGCUAACCGAUGUCUCUAUGAUGUCGGUGUGCGCGCUGUCGGUUAUCCAUCACUGAGUGGGUGCAUCACUCCAAUGACGGUGUAAGUACCGCGUCAGUAAGACAUGCGGCUGAGCAUGAUGGAUGGGUCAGCCCUACUGACACAGUACAAUUGGCCAAGGCCAGGGACCAGAGCCUGUCCAAAUGGAUGAAAUUACCCUCACUAUCCUCCCGCUUAGAAUGGUUUUGCAUCAGGAGAAUGAAAUAUGCCUGCAUUGUCUACCUCAGAAAAUCAAUUUCAUUCGCCCAUCUGCAGAUCAAUAGGUACAAUGGGAUUGCAGAUAUCGAUCUGCCCCCAACUCCAUUUCCAAUCCCCUUAAAAUUACAUCAUUGGUUUUGAGGAUUUUUUUUUCUUUAGCAUAAACAGUCCAAGAAAUAUUGUUUGUUAUUUUUUCCCCCAAAAGAUAAAAAAGGUUCAGCAUUUUGUAUGUACAGUCAAGACACUAAUAUGAUAUUGUGUGAUGUCAGUAACAGAUGUUUGGUUAACGCCUUAUAAUGCAUGGGUCAAAUCAGUCCGCUAGAUCCUCUGAUUUCCAGCUCUGCUUUUUGACAAUUGUUCUGUGGCUGUAAUUUAUUCUGGGGGUAAUUAUUACUGAUGUGUUACUCCUUUGUGAUGGCCAUUUUUUGUUUGGCCCCGGCCCUCAUUGUUAUGUGCCGACGUGAUCGUGUUUUUUCCGGGGCGUAUCCAGCCUCUUCUACUGUGGUGCUUUGCGUUUUUUGUUGUUUCGAGUUCUGCUUAACGUGUGUUCGCCUCUGUGGCCUGACUCUUGAGGCACGAGUUGUGGUGUCUCCUGACCAACGGGAUUGUUGAGCCUCGCGCGUGAGAGACUGUUGCAGAAGCCCCCCCCCCCCCGGACCCGUCACGGCAUGCCCUGUUUCAUCGAGAUGAACACUGACCUUCGGUCUGUCACGCUUUCACUCAGCAUCGAGAACUCUUUAUCGCCUACCCUUCCCUAUCAGGUGUGCGUACAUUUGUGCCCACCCGUUUGAGUGUGUGUGUGUGCGUGUGCGUGUGCGUGUGCGCACAAUGCGUUCUGAAACGGCGAGACGAGCUGUCAGCCCCGUGGCUCGUUUGCUACCGUUUUCAUUUGUUUUGACUCGUUAACCAGAUGUGACUGUGAUAAGUAAUAGGAAAAACAUGGCCGACUCCGAGGCAUCUUUCCCAGAGUCCACCGCGGUCUUGAGCGAAGGCGUGUGAAUCCGGAGGCCGGACCCCCGCCGCUUGCAAGCCACGGCGGCGAGGGGGUUGAUUUACCCCGGCGGGGUAAUGUAAACACGGGCCGACGGCGUCCGCCCCUGCAAGGUAGCGAGUCAGAUCAGGCGUGUUUAACGCCCGUAGGCUCAAAUUGCCUCAGAGCGGAAACUACCACCGGCUCCGUGACUCACACGAGUCAAACGCACCACUGGCUGAUGAGCAAAUCCAUGCGAAAAGGGGGCAGUUCGGGGGAGCCGGACCUGGGCUUGGAGUGUCUGCAGCAUGCACCGUGAGAAAAGAAACUACAAAGAGCGAUGAAGAACCGGAUUUGUGUAACGUGAACGCUCGUCUCUAUGGCGCAUCUCUGCCGUGUGAUGCGCCACCCCGUAGCCGUGGAAGAACUCGCUGGUUGGACGGCGUGCGCCCACUAAAUGUGUAUGACAGAUGUGAUGGUACCAAGUGUUCGCCUGGAUGAAACCUGAUCCAGAGCAUCGCCUGAGUUUAAAGGUUCUUUGCAGAAAAUGGGUUGUUAGGGAGAGAAGAGAAAAAAAGUUUAUUUUGUUGGCAAAGUAAGUGAGGAGACAGGAAGGGCGUUUUACGCAGUGCUCUCAUCAGGGCAUCGGUGGGUAUGUGGCUGGCUGUUGAAGCGACGGGGUGGCCCCCCUACUAUGGCUUUAUAAAGUAACGACGAGUCGCCGAAGUGGACCUAUAUGUAAUUUCCUUGAGAGAAAUUAUUCUAAAAUGUUUUGCAAAAGUAAAUAAAUUAAACAUGAUGUGUGUAACGUGCCGUAUGUCUUGAAUCCUCCCGUUGUAGUGGUCACGUAUGUGACAUUAUAGAGGAGGCUGCUUAUUCAGUUACUGCUGCUGAUGAGUGUUACUUUACCACGGGAGAGAACCCAUGUACAAUGGCCACACGGCGUAGAGAGAGAGGCCUUAGCUUUGGUGGGAGAGAUGGAGAACCCGGGAGAGCGGAGGAAGGGAGGGUGGGUCGGUUCUCACGAAGAGGGGGGGGGGCUUUGUCGCAGUCAGUAGACCCACUCUAGACAUGUGUGUGACUCUGUUGCGAGAACCUGGAAGAGCCCCUCUCCUCCCACAGAGAACUGUCUUAAAGUGUGUGAGUGUGUGUGUGUGUGUGUGUGUGUGUGUGUGUGUGUGUGUGUGUGUGUGUGUGUGUGUGUGUGUGUGUGUAAACCAAGCCAUCAGCCAUUGACUUGCCCUGUGUGUGUCUUGCCACUGAUGCUGGGAAAGUGGUGUGUAUGAGUUACCUUAGUGUACAUUUUAUUGUCACGUAUGUAUGCACUACUAUAACAUAUCUCUGUAUAGUCCCUCAUGGCCAAAUGUAUAUACUGAAUGUAUUGUACGGGGACAUAGAGGCAUCAAGGUUCAAACUAAAUAAAGUCAGGUUUAAG